AAGAUGGAGACUUUUAGGGCUGGCUUUUAGGGCUGGCUAUUAGGGAGGAUAAUAAUUUAGAGGUGUGGUGAGUGAAUUAGAACCAGACAUCCUGAGGAGUGAGGUUGAAUGGGCCUUAAGAAGCCUUGCUAAUAACAAGGCAGCAGGAGACGACGGGAUCCCAGCUGAAGUGAUCAAGAAAAGGUGGCAAGAAUAUACAGAAGAUCUCUAUAAGAAAGAGAAUAAUAUAGAUUUGACGAUGUGGUGAGUGAAUUAGAACCAGACAUCCUGAGGGGUGAGGUUGAAUGGACCUUAAGAGGCGUUGCUAAUAACAAGGCAGCAGGAGACGACAAGAUCCCAGCUGAAGUAAUCAAGAAAAGGUGGUAAGAAUAUACAGAAGAUCUGUAUAGGAAAGAGAAUAAUAUUGAGGAUAGCUUUGACAGUGUGGUGAAUUAACAAGAUAUCCUGAGGAGCGAGGUUGAAUGGGCCUUAAGAAGCAUUGCUAAUAACAAGGCAGCAGGAGACGACAAGAUCCCAGCUGAAGUAAUCAAGAAAAGGUGGUAAGAAUAUACAGAAGAUCUGUAUAGGAAAGAGAAUAAUAUAGAAGAUAGCUUUGACAGUGUGGUGAGUGAAUUAGAACCAGACAUCCUGAGGAGUGAGGUUGAAUGGACCUUAAGAGGCAUUGCUAAUAACAAGGCAGCAGGAGACGACGGGAUCCCAGCUGAAGAGAUCAAGAAAAGGUGGCAAGAAUAUACAGAAGAUCUCUAUAGGAAAGUGAAUAAUAUAGAGGAUAGCUUUGAUAGUGUGGUGAAUUAACCAGAUAUCCUGAGGAGCGAGGUUGAAUGGGCCUUAAGAAGCAUUGCUAAUAACAAGGCAGCAGGAGACGACGGGAUCCCAGCUGAAGUGAUCAAGAAAAGGUGCCAAGAAUAUACAGAAGAUCUCUAUAGGAAAGAGAAUAAUAUAGCUUUGACAGUGUGGUGAGUGAAUUAGAACCAGACAUCCUGAGGAGUGAGGUUGAAUGGACCUUAAGAGGCAUUGCUAAUAACAAGGCAGCAGGAGACGACGGGAUCCCAGCUGAAGAGAUCAAGAAAAGGUGGCAAGAAUAUACAGAAGAUCUCUAUAGGAAAGUGAAUAAUAUAGAGGAUAGCUUUGAUAGUGUGGUGAAUUAACCAGAUAUCCUGAGGAGCGAGGUUGAAUGGGCCUUAAGAAGCAUUGCUAAUAACAAGGCAGCAGGAGACGACGGGAUCCCAGCUGAAGUGAUCAAGAAAAGGUGCCAAGAAUAUACAGAAGAUCUCUAUAGGAAAGAGAAUAAUAUAGCUUUGACGGUGUGGUGAGUGAAUUAGAACCAGACAUCCUGAGGAGUGAGGUUGAAUGGGCCUUAAGAAGCCUUGCCAAUAACAAGGCAUCAGGAGACGACGGGAUCCCAGCUGAAGUGAUCAAGAAAAGGUGGCGAGAAUAUACAGAAGAUCUCUAUAGGAAAGAGAAUAAUAUUGAGGAUAGCUUUGACAGUGUGGUGAGUGAAUUAGAACCAGACAUCCUGAGGAGUGAGAUUAAAUGGGCCUUAGGAAGGCUAAUAACAAGGCAGCAGGAGAUGACAGGAUCCCAGCUGAAGUGAUCAAGAAAAGGUGGCGAGAAUAUACAGAAGAUCUGUAUAGGAAGGAUAAUAAUAUCGAGGAUAGCUUUGACGGCGUGGUGAGUGAAUUAGAACCAGACAUCCUGAGCAGUGAGCCUGUGCAAAACUGAACUUUGGGAUUCAUCGUGCUGAGGAAAGAGUUGAGGGAUUGCAUUUCUCUGAUUUUGGAAACCUGAGAAGUCGCUGGACUGCAAAUGCAUCGUUCGGGUGGCUGGGUUCUCGUCUGCCCAGCUCACGGUGGGGAUAAAUUUAGACGCAGCCCGUGAGUUGGUGUUUAUUUGAGGAAUAAAUAGUUCUAGAAGCAGGUUUGUGGGGACUCCUCUUUCCCCUUGCCAUGACAUACUUCCUUCUGAACUUUGUUUUCAUUUAGGGUUUUUGUUGUUGCUGUUGAAGAUGGAGCUGGUCUGGAUUUGCCUCCUGGUCUUUUGCAGCAUAUCAGGGAUCUCUUGCCAGGCAGAUCUUUCUAGAAAGGUUUUCGUCUUCCGCAAUGAGCCUAGCGAGGCGUAUGUCAUUCUCAAACCCCAACCGGAGGAGCCUCUUCGGAACUUCACCAUCUGCUUGAGGUCCUACACAGACCUGACCCGGCCGUAUGGCCUCUUCUCUUACGCGACGAAGUCGGAGGACAACGAGCUCCUGAUCUUCAAGCCCAAAUCGGGAGAGUAUCGAGUCUACGUGGGUGGAGAAUACCUCUCCUUCAAAGUCCCCGAAGAUACCCUCGACUGGGAACACGUCUGCUUCGGGUGGGAAUCGGCCACAGGCAUUGCCGAGUUCUGGCUGAAUGGGAAGCCCUGGCCCAGGAAAGGGUUGAAGAAAGGGCAUGUUGUGGACGCCGGCGCCUUCAUUGUGCUGGGCCAAGAGCAAGACCACUAUGGGGGCUCCUAUGACUCGUACAACUCCUUCUCCGGAGAACUGACUGAUGUCUACAUGUGGGAGUUCCUCCUCUCGCCCCACAAGAUGAGAUCCGCCUAUCAGGAUCUACAGCUUCCUCGUUGCGCUUUGGGUUGGAAGAAUCUGCAUUAUGAAAUCAAGGGCGAUGUGGUAGUGAAGGCCAGGUUGAGAUAAAUGAAAUCACGUAAAUCCGGGUUCAUUGAAUAGAGUUACGAGGGUCUCUUUCCAAUUAGACACUAUGAGGCGAGGAGAUCAGGUACAACAGAUGUACAGUCGAGUCUUGCUUAUCCGUCAUAAACUGGCAGGCAGAAUGACGGAUAAGUGAAACUGACGGAUAACAGGGUGGGUGCUCGUUCACUCACUCACUUACCAGGCCGGGUCCCAGCAGCGGCGACAGCAGCACCGGGACUUGGCGGGGUGAGUAAGUGAGAGAGAGAGUGGAGGAGGACAUUUACCUCCGUUUACCACGGAGUGUCGGAUAAGCGGAACUCGGAUAAGCUGGACUCUACUGUAUUUGAUCAAAUCUCUCUGUUGGGUCAACGAGUGCCACCCUUCUGAGGCACAGCUCAGUGUAUUUUAUAGUUAAAAGUUUUAAGCAUGCACACACAAACUAUUUGAUGCACUCUUCUCUUUCUCUUUGUUCUUUUCUGGUGAGGGAGAAAGAAGCCCCUGAAGUUUCCCCAAUUAUAGUAAUUUAAUUAUGCGCAUGUGCAAUAAUAGUAAUGAAAUUUUGUUGGUCUCGUUAUACUAAUGGGUUUUUCACCAAGUAUACUUUAGAAACACUUUCUAAACAAAGUGCCAGGACCCCCAAUUUUAUAAAUGCAGUAGAGUCUCACUUAUCCAACACUCGCUUAUCCAACAUUCUGGAUUAUCCAACGCAUUUUUGUAGUCAAUGUUUUCAAUAUAUCAUGAUAUUUUGGUGCUAAAUUCGUAAAUACAGUAAUUACUACAUAGCAUUACUGUGUAUUGAACUACUUUUUCUCUCAAAUUUGUUGUAUAACAUGAUGUUUUGGUGCUUAAUUUGUAAAAUCAUAACCUAAUUUAAUGUUUAAUAGGCUUUUCCUUAAUCUCUCCUUAUUAUCCAACAUAUUUGCUUAUCCAACAUUCUGCCUGCCCGUUU